AUGUAUAACGUAGAUAGAUACUUUGAUUUUGACUAUGAGAAGAAGUUAGAAAUCAAAACUAAGCAAAAGAAAAAGCAGCAACAACAGGGUUUAUUAGCACUUUUAUUCUUAGUUGCCGGUGCUUACUAUUACUUUAUGAUUUAUUUACCAGAAGAACAAAGGAAACUACUAGAAAGUAAAAUUCAAACGGAUUUAGAGAAAGUAAAGAAAUUAAAACAAGAUGAUUACGAUAAUAUAACUACAUCAUUAACUAUUCUCCAAGAAGAAGUUAACCUAUUUCCUGAUGGAGAUAAGCAUCCUAAUUUCCGCUUCUCUCGAACUGCUUGUUAUGAAAUUUAUUUUCCACCUUCUUUAAAGGAGCAUUAUGAAGAAGGAAGAAAAAACGGAGAAACUAAUUGCACAAUGCUUAAAGGAAAAGAAGAAUUAAUUUUAUCUGACAAAAUUCUAGCUUGGUGUAAAAGUGUAGUUGUUGAUCCAGUACGAGGGGACAAAGAAACGGGAGAAAAUAAUGCUCUCUUUUACGGAGCACCAAGAACCGGUAAGUCAGCGACCGUAAAAAACCUUUGCUUUGAAGCUAAUAAGUAUCCAUUAGUAGAAAUCAAAGAGAAAACUUAUGGCUUUGAAAGAGAGGAUAAUGGAGAGGACUUUAUUGGUGAUGACCCAAAACAGCCAAACAAAUCUAGGUUUUGGAGGAAAUUUAUUACUAAUAAUCCUAAUGCUAUUUACAAAGAAGAAAUUGAAACAGAGGAUGAAAAUGGUAAUAAGACAACUGAAACUGAGGAACGAACUUUUAAGUCAUUAAAACAAGUAAAGACUGAAGAUGUGCUAGAUGCUAGUUUACCAGAAAUAGUUAAUAUUUUAGAGUACUCAUCUAAUAAUCUAAGCACGAGUUUAGAAAGCUUAUGCCAAGAAAUAGAAGACUUGAAACAGCAAAUACAAUUAUCGGCUAAUAGUGGACAGAUAACUAUGAUGCAGAACAAUAUUAACACUUUAUUUCAACAAAACACAACUACUAUCGUUGCUACGGUUGCCGCAGGUAUUGUUACGGGCGGUGCUUCGCUAGUCAUUCAAGCGGCAGCGAUUGGCGGUGCUUACUUAGUAGGCUCUGCAAUGGAUGCUGAUCGCAAACAAAAAGAGCAAGAAGAUAAAAAGUUAACUUUAGCUGGUAAAGCCGGUCAAGCAAUCACUGACCAAGUAAAUAAUCUGCAAAAUGACAGAAACAAAGCAGUGCAAGAAGCUGAAGAUUUAAUCAAAGAAUUACAAAGACAUAAGGCCAAACUAAAUGACCCUAGUGCUACAUCCGAAGAAAAGGAUACUGCUAAAAGAAUGAUUCCAAUUAUCCAAAGUCAGUUAGAUGAUCACAGUAAAAAAGUAAGUGAUUAUGACAAAAAAAUAGAUGACUUAUUAAAAAGUGUUCCAGGAGCAAAUAACAAAAAAGGAGGAUUAGUUAAUUUGGAAAGCAUGGAUCAACAGACUAAUAUCAUGGACAAAAAUCAGUUUAAGCAGCAGGUUCUUCAUCUCCUUAGUGAAUACUUUCCCAAAGCACAAAGAGAACUGGCAGAAAUAAAAAAAAUAACUGACCCUUACGAGCAGCAAAAAAAAGCAGAUUCUGCUUAUAAUGAACAUUCUUAUUAUUCCAAUGCUGUUAACGGACUUAUUGGUAAAUAUAGUUUAAGUAUAAAUGGUACUCAAGAUUACAAUAUAGUAGUAAAUGAACUUUAUAGUCUCAAACAUGAAGCCUUAAAAAAAAAAUCACAAGAAGAAGAAAUUAAAAGUGAACAAGAAGAAACUCACCAAAAAUUAGACAAUAACUCUCAGGAGCUAAAAGACAUAACAAAUAGUUUUCCAAAUAAAACAAGUCCUAAGAAGAAAAAAACAAAAAAAACCAAAGAAAAACUAAACAAAGUUAAACCUCGUUCUCCUUCUUGCUUACAUCCUAGCAUAGCUUGUGAAGAGGGUAAUCCCUAUUAUUGGUUUUGCGAAAAUUGUAAUGAUGAUAGUUCUUAUCAAUUUUUACAAAGACUACAAUCAGACUUAGUGGAAGAUAUUAAUGCUGAUAUAGAAGAAAAAGGACUGAAUAGACUUUCUGAUAUUGAUAUCCGCACUAAUCCUGCUUAUUCUAAGAUUUUUUUAAGGAAAUGUUCUAGUCAGGAGGAAAUUAGGGAGAAUUAUAAGAAUCAACAAUUACGCUCGCAAAUCACCCAGUUAGAACAAAACUCUAAUAAAACCCCUGCUCAGCAAUCAGAAUUAGAGGCUAAAAAGAAAAGAUUAGCGGAAUUAUUAAAAAAACAGGAUAGUUCUAAUAAUUCAGUAAGCAAGAAUAAUCUUAAUUCUGGCGAGAAAUCACCAGAAGAGAAAGAUAAAGAGUUAAUCGACAAUUAG